GAAGAGAAUUGCUACAGGAAUCCUGGAGAGAAGAUGGAUCAUGCAGGUGGAGCAGCCAUGAAAAUGCAAGCUAAAGAGAAAAUGAGCUGUGCCCAUGGACGCUCCCUGUCGAAGAAUCUGGUCUGCCUAGCAACAGAGCGACUUCGAGAGCGCUCAGUGUUCACCUACUUGUAAUGCAAGAUGUGCCAGUCCCAGCUGACGUUGGGCAAGAGGCAGGGUUCAUCCUGGACAGUUCACCAGUCUACUGUGAACCAUUCACACUCAGUUUCACACCUACAGAAUGGCCAGUUUACCACGUCUUUGGACUGUGGGAGGAAACCUAUGCAGACACGAGGAGAAUACACAAACUCCAUACAGAAAGGCCCCAGCCGGCUGCAAGGCUUUUCAGAGGGACGCUUUGGGAAGCGCCGGAGCUCGUAUAAGAAGCACCUGAGUCACAGAGUCACCGCUGUCCCCAAUGAAGGAGCCGGACGCCAUCAAGCUCUUCAUCGGCCAGAUCCCUCGCAAUCUGGAGGAGAAAGACCUCAAGCCUAUCUUUGAGCAGUUUGGCAAGAUCUACGAACUGACCGUGAUCAAGGACAAGUACACGGGCAUGCACAAAGGAUGCGCGUUCUUGACGUACUGUGCCAGAGAGUCUGCACUGAAAGCCCAAAAUGCGUUACAUGAGCAGAAGACGUUGCCAGGGAUGAACCGACCCAUUCAGGUGAAGCCAGCAGACAGCGAGGGCCGUGGAGACAGGAAGCUGUUUGUGGGUAUGCUGGGGAAGCAGCAGUCAGACGCCGAUGUGAGAAAGAUGUUUGAGCCGUUCGGUAGUAUAGAGGAGUGUACUGUGCUCAGGGGACCAGAUGGAGCCAGCAAAGGUUGUGCAUUUGUGAAAUACCAGAGCAAUGCAGAGGCUCAAGCGGCCAUUAAUGCUCUUCAUGGCAGCCGCACUCUGCCAGGGGCCUCUUCUAGUCUGGUGGUGAAGUUUGCAGAUACAGAGAAGGAGCGAGGCAUCAGGCGCAUGCAGCAGGUUGCCUCUCAGCUAGGUGUCAUCAGCCCCAUGAGUCUCCACCUGGGGGCCUACAACGCUUACACUCAGGCUCUGGUCCAGCAGCAGGCUUUGGUAGCUCAGUCUGCCUAUCUGUCUCCAGUGGCAACGGUUGCUGCUGUGCAGAUGCAGCAGUUGGCUGCUCUUAACCCAAGCAGCAUCAUCGCAACACCCAUUGCGUCAAUCACGCCAUCCUCAGGUGCAAGCACUCCUCCAGCUAUUGCCGCCACACCAGUGCCUGCUCUUCCUCCACCAAUUGCAGUCAACACUUACCCAGCUGUGCCUGCCCCACCCAGCGGGCAAUCAGCUUCUGAAACGCUGUACACCAAUGGCGUCCACCAGUAUCAAGCUCAGAGUCCUGCUUUGGAUCCUCUUCAACAGGCUUAUACUGGAAUGCAGCAUUACACUGCCACAUAUCCUGCUGCUUAUGGUUUGGUUGGUCAGCCGUUCCCCCAUCAGCCUACACUAGUUGCUCAGCAAACCCAACAGCCUCAGCAGCUGCAGCAGCGAGAAGGUCCAGAGGGAUGUAAUAUCUUCAUCUAUCACCUGCCACAGGAGUUCACAGACUCUGAGAUGCUGCAAAUGUUUCUACCAUUCGGCAACGUCAUCUCAGCCAAGGUUUUCGUCGACCGUGCAACCAAUCAGAGCAAAUGCUUCGGUUUUGUAAGCUUUGACAACCCUGCCAGUGCUCAGACUGCCAUCCAGGCCAUGAAUGGAUUUCAGAUUGGCAUGAAAAGACUGAAAGUGCAGUUGAAAAGGCCCAAAGAUGCCAACCGCCCAUAUUAACAUGGCCAGGUAUAAAACAAAAAGAAGACUGAAGAAGUUGGUUUGGAGAAAAAAAAAAUAUUUUCCUCAGCUGUAAAUUAAUUAUGGGACCAACUGCUCAUUUUAAAUACCUGAUACAAAGAACACUGAAACACAUAUAUACAUUUAACAUAUUAACGCUAACCCGCUGCACAAGACUUGGGUUAAUAAUAUACAUUUACAGCCUCAUCAGUAUACAGCAUAUGACCAAUUACUGUUUAUAGGCACAUUCUUGUACAGCUAAUAACCGACACAACACUAGUCCUGCAAUGUCGCACUCGUUUCAUGCACACUAAGUGUGUGUGGUUUGUUUGUUUUUUUUUUUUUUGGGGGGGGAGGAGUUUAGAGGGAAGGCUUUCAAAGCUCCAGCUGGCCUUGAACUGAAACUGCACAUAAAAUGGGACCAACAUCAUUGUGUAACAGCUGCACAGCAAGGCCUUUUUUGUUUUUUGCUGGUUUGUGCUUACUGCACACUAUGGGGAUCUACUCAGCACCACUUGUAUGUAUAUAGAAAUUUAUUUGGGCUACAUCAAGGCAUAUCAGUGGGGGAGGAGAGGGGACGGGUGUUAGGAGGUGAAGUGGAGUAAUUCCGGUGGGUUUUUCAAGUUAUUUAAGCUCAAAAGUGCAGAGCAUCAUGGGUAUGUUAGCUAGGGCAGAAGGACAGAAAAAUGACUGAAUAUUGUCCAUCAUGGUCAGGCUGUAGUUAGAUUUUACAUUUCCAGAUAUGUUUAGAGUGAUUUGAUGGGAAAAUGUAAUGAGCAAAUAGAAUGGAAAGCAUUUUAAAAAUGUAUUUGUAUUUCAUUGUAUAUAUCAUGGUUUGAAAA